AUGGAUUUAGAGAUUAUAGAAGAAGAAACCGAUUUUCCAUUUCCACCAUACAAAAAAUAUUUCAAGCUUAUAGAUGAUACAGAUGAUAAAGUCAACUUAAAGGCGAAAUGCCUAUUGUGCAUUAACAACAAAAUGAUUUCUUUCUUUAAAAUCAGCAGCUUUAAUUUAAAAAAACACCUUAAGAGAGUACAUGAUAAUCAAUAUUCAAAAAUUGAAAAUCAUAUCAAUAGUUAUAAUAAAAAAGAUAUGAGCCAAAAUAUAAAGUCUUCCUCUUCUGAGAAUAAACAGUCAAUAUUAAAUUUUAGUCAAAAAACAUAUGAACCUACAAAAACUGAAGGAGAUAAUGCAAUCAUUGAUUAUGUCAUUGAGACACUAGUUCCUUUAUCAACUGUAGAUAAUCCUAGCUUUGUCAAAAUGAUAAAAACGUUUUCCCCUUCAGCAAAGGUAAUGUGCCGCCAAACACUAAUAGCAAAGAUAGGUUUGCGUUAUGAUAAAAUGAUGGAUGAUAUUAUAGAAAUGCUUUCUGGAGUAUCUUAUGUGUGUACCACAGCUGAUUGCUGUAGUGGAUUUAGAAGGUCUUUUUUGGGUGUAACUGCUCAUUGGAUUGACACAAAAUCAUUGCAAAGAAAAUCAGCAGCUUUAGCCCUAAGACGUGUUCAAGGCAAGCAUACUUUUGAUGUUUUGGCUAAGAUGAUAAUUGAUAUACAUAAAAGCUUUAAAAUUCGGAAUAAAGUGAUAAAAACCAUUACUGAUAAUGGUAGAAACUUUGUGAAGGCAUUCAGAAUGUUUGAAGAUAAAAGUUCUGAGAUUGAUGAUGAUUUCCAAUUUGUGGAUAUUGAUGAUAUCCUAAAUAAUAGGGCAGAAAGCUUUGAUUAUCUCCCUCAACAUUCAAGAUGUGCUUGUCACAAUCUUAAUUUGGUGGCAACAGUUGAUGCAGAGAAAGCUUUAGGGGAUAGAAGCUUUCAAAUAGUAUCUCAAAGUUAA